ACACAUGUUCUUCCAAAAGAGUUGACAUCAAAUUGAAGAAUUUCUUCGAAUACAAAAUAAUUAAUUUUGUACUUUCUUAAUACUUAUUUUGCUACUUAAGUACUUAAUUUCUUACACAAUUAGUUUCAAAAUCACCACCAUAAAACUAUUUCGGGCCCGUUUCAUAUUUUCUUUGCCCGGAUGAAAUAAUAAGCUGCAAAAUCAAUCAUGAAGCGUAAACCCGGAGCAAAAAGACAACUUCGGCAGGCUCGAAAAAUACACAUGGCUAGAGUUCGUGCUGCCAAAAAUCAACAUUCUGAUAGAGCCAACCAACAACCUCGAGAAUUGCAAGGAUUGAGCAACAAUGAGGUCGAGAUGAUGGAACAAGCGCCUGUAGAGGAGGAUGAGGACGAGGAGGACGAUUCUAUUGUUCCGAUAAGAUGUAUCAUUUGCUGUUGUCCCGCCCUAAAGAACAAAAAGUAUCCCACAAGAGUGAAAUUUCUGCUGGGACAAGUCGUCCCAUAUUCGCUCCUUUGCGACUCCACCUUUCGCCAGGAGGAAAUUGAACAAUAUAUCGAUCUCUGUUCGUCAUGUGUGCGUCUUCUCGGACAAGGGGAGCAGCUACAUGGCACAAUUAUCAAACUGGAGAGAGACUUGGACCAGGUGAAGAACAACGUGAAGAAAUUAGUACAAAAUUCCACCCUCAUUAAGCAGGAGGACGGAGGAAAUUUGGUGGUGGAAAAAAUAUACGGAAAUAUUCGCGAACAAUUGCUGAGUGAUUUUGUUGGCGAAGAAAACUUUAUCGUCGCGGACUGGUCAGGAGUAGAGUUUCAUGAGAAUGAAGAGCAUAUUUCUAGACCGGAAAUGGAAAAUGAUCCCUUAGAAUUUGGCGAGGAUUCAAUAGUUGACGAAGUUAUUACGAAUUCACCCAUUGCAGAUGCAGAUUCAAGUAGUGUAAAUUUAGAAUUUGGAGAGGAUUCAGGGGUUGAAAUUAUUGCGAAUAAGUUGCCCGCUGCAGAUUCAAGCAUUGCAAAUUCAAAAAGUGGUAUUCCAAAUUCAGAAGUUUCUGGUAAUAAAUCAAGUAUUGAAGACGAUGAUCAAAGUCUUCCAGAAUUUCAGAAACUGCACAAGGACAAAGUUGUAGCUACGUAUUCGAAAACGACCCCCAAAAGGAGCGUUGCGCCAAUCAAGAUUAGCCCGUUAAUGAAACAGAAGCACAAGGAGAAGAAAAAAUAUGUCCCAAGACCAGCCAUUGAAAACGUGUCAAAAAUCCAGGCAGUAAUAUUAUCAUCGUUACAAAAAACUGGCAUUUUUGCUCGUCAUUUAAAUCGAGGAAAUUCCAACCUAUCCGAACCGAUGGUCUCGGAGAUUCGAAAGCUACCUGACCUCACCAGCCCCGCAAGAAAGGGGCAUUAUCCUUGUGCCAUUUGUCCAGAUAAGUUCGAUACCCUCGUGGAAGCUAGCUUGCACCGGAAAUUUAUUCACCCAGGUCUCACCCUUUGCGCUAGUCCAGUUGUUAGUCUCCAAUGCGGAAAGAUAUUCAGAUCUCGGGACAUAAAACGUCACAGGAUAGAAAGCCAUCCACUUCUACGGUGUCCCGAAUGCACGGAAUCGUUCACCACCACGGACCGAUUGGAAUCUCACCUGAAGGCAGCUCAUCACCAGGACGGAUCUGCGUUACCACCAUUGCCAGAAUUAGGAUAUGAUGUCAAAUUAAUCCCGUGGGUGAUCCCUAUGACGAAGGAUGAAAUCCAGGAGGCAGCACGUGACCAGGGAUUCUUCCGCGUUAACUUAACACGGAUAGAAAUUAAGGACACGUCUCCUGAACAAGUGGUCGAAGAGCAAAGUGGAGAUAUUGGUGAAAAUGUUGAUGAAGCUCUCCCCUCUGGUUUGGUAUCUCAAACGACGAACGAAUCAAACAAUGAGCAAGAAAUUCUGAAGAGUAGGACGGAUUCUGGACCAAAGAAUAUUUCCACCACUCCAAAUGCCAACGUUUUUCCUACUGAACUAACUCAACCUGUUCCAGUCAAGCUGAAGAAAAAGAAAAUUAUUUACAACUGCGGGGUCUGCAAUACAAAAUUCCCCGUACAAUCCGAUCUCCUCCAACAUUUGGCCGAUGCUCACAAACAGACCCCAAAAUUCGGGUGUUUCGUGUGUCUCAAAGAAUUCACUUCGCUCAGUGAAUGCGAAGCGCACGUAUUAUCCCAGCACCCUGACGCCAAACUACCCGAGCAACGUGUCAAAUCCAAGGAACGAAAAAUUAGCAAGAUCCCAGAAAACAAGUUUUGGAUGUGGCCUUUUAUAUGUAAACCGUGUCGGCUGCGGUUUAUCUCUCUUCCCGUGCUGCAGAAUCAUAUCAAAUCGGAGGAGCACGCAAAAAUGAUGGAAUUAGGAGAACCAGUGGAAUGUCCAAGAGAUGGAUGCGAGCACAAGUACCGUGGCCAAGCCGAGUUGAAUGCCCAUCUGGCCGAACAUAGGAAAAUUAAAUGCACCCAGUGCCAUUUUAAAUUCGCGGAUCCAAACCUCCUCCUACACCACAAGGUCCGAUGUCAUAAAUACAUUCUAACCGAUGCAGAAACUUUACAUCCAAUUGUGCAUCAGUGUCGCGUUGAAAAUUGCGAGAGGCUAUUUAACAAUAAAGGUCGACUCGCAAGACACAUGGCGUCCACGCACGGAGUAGGAAAACACAAGUGUGACCAAUGUGGCAGAGUUUUUUCAGAGUUCGCUCAUCUCAACCACCACGUGAAACACGGGCACGAAAAGGCGCCAGGAAAGCAUAUGUGCGACAUUUGUGGGAAGCGUUUCACUAAAAAGUCUAACCUUGCUGCUCAUCGACCAAUUCAUGGAGAAGAGCGUCCCUUCCUUUGCUCCCAGUGCGGAAAAGCGUUCAAGACGAGUACCAGUUUAACGCUUCAUAAUUACAGUCAUGACCCGGAUCGUUGGACGAAACAUUAUCCGUAUCGGAUUCUGGUUGAAAAAAGGCUACAAACUCAGAGAAAAAGAGAGGCAGCAGCGGCGGCGGCGGCGAUUUCCGGUGGUCCAACUACUGCGCCGAAAAGGAGGCGAAAAUCUAAUAUUUCGAAAGGAGCAGAAAUAAUCGUCGACCAAUUUAUCAGUACUGAAGAGGAGGAGGGUAGAAUGUGAUUGGUUAACGUUCGAAAAGCAAAUAGUUUUUGAGAGUGAAUUAGAAAUGCAGUACACAUGACAUGUUAUACAUAAAUGAUUCAACGAAUCCAACUGUUAUACAUAAUGAAAACUUUUUUUAUUGUUAGAUACUUGCUAAAAAAUUAAAUAAAUACGGAACCGAAACUGCUGUAUUUAAAAGUUACAUGAACUCAA